CAUCAAUUGUUUCUCGCAAUUCAUUUGAGGCGUUUUAUUAAUUGUUCUCGGUUAUUGUUUGUUAUUAAUUCUUUUAGAAUUAGUUAAUUAACAUCUCCAACAAGUGAAUUUAUCGUAAUUGGCCUGACAAUUAACUCGCAUUUGUUUGGAAAUGUUUGGAGACGAUUCUGAAGUAUUAAAUCAUAUUGAAUUGGUUAAUGGUUUGGAUGGGUCGAGAUUUAAGCCUUUGAUGACUCGUAUAUUUGAAAGGUUAACUGUUGAUGAAGAUGUGAAAAUAUUCAAUUCAGAGGAAGAGGAGAAAUUAAUUAAAUUGUUUGAUAUUGCAAGUUCAGAUGAUUUAGAUAAUUUAAUUGAUUGUUUGACUACAUUGGCACGAAAAGUGAUCUACAAUGUAUCCAAGCCGAAAUCAUUGGUUCCACAGUUAAUGAAGAUUGGACUUUCAGAGGAAAAAGCUGUUACUUUUGCUCAAGUUUGGGCCAAUUGUUCAACGGAAAAGGUUAAUCAAUUGAAACAGGAAACCUUUGGAUUAUCUUCAAGUCUAUUAGAGGAUGUUAAUUGGAAGAUUAAAGUUCAAUGUAAUCAAAAUAAUGCCGCUAAUCUGGAGAAGGUUAAAACUCAAUUAGAUUUAAUUCUUUCAACUUCAAAUGAAGAUACUAAGUGUAAACAACAUUCACUGGAAUUUGAUUCGGAUCAACUGAAAAGUUUCUACAAUCAAUUGGAAGAAAUUCAAAAUCAAAUUGAUUCCAAAUUACUACAAUUACCAUCAAGUUAAUCAAUAAUCUUGGACAAUUUGAAAAAUUGAAUCAUCAACAGUUCGAUCUGUCAACACAAUUUAUUCUUGGACCCUAAUUAUAUAUAUUUAAUCAUCUCAAGCAAAAGGGAUACUUAAUUUUUUUCAUGGAAAAUUAAUUUAAUUAUCAUUGUCUCUUUCAUCAUUUAAGUUGCUGUCAACAAGUUAAAGAAAUCAUCUUAAUUCUGAUGAUUUUGAAGAAAAAGAUUCCAUCAUAAUAUCGUUUAAAUUAAUCAACAUUCUGGUUGUUCAUUAAUCAACAUUGUUACCAUUUUCGUAAUCAUCUCAAAAUAUUGGCAAAUUUUAAAAGAUUAACUAAUAAUCAAUAAUCUUAUCAAUUUGAUACGGUGUUAAUUCUGGUCCUGGAAAAGGUCAGUUUUGAUUCUUUGAGAGAGGAAAGGAAGAUAAUCAUCAUCAUCAUCAUCAUCCGUAUUUCUGGUUAACCUGAAGCUAAUCCCAAAAGUAUCCAUGAUUGCUGGUAGACAAUUAAUUAAUCACACUCAGUAAAAACUGAAUCAUCAUUAUAAAGAAAACAACCUGGAGAUAGAAAAAAAUGUUAAUUAAAAAACAAACAAAAACAAAC